AUGGCAUGCUGUUACCUUUUCCUUUUGAUCGCACUGUUUAAGGACAAGGGCAGGCCAGCUUUAUCAUUGGAUUACGGUCGUUCUAUUAUGAUGGAUGAGAAUUUACAUUACCUUACGUAUUCCGUGGCUGUGAUGAAUGUUCCGAAGGCCUUUGUGUUAUUCGCUCCUCAAGUGUUAACCUGUGUGAUAGGUAUGAGCCGUCUCUACCUAUACUACCAGAGAUACAUCCCUGGAAUACUCAGGUUGGAUUUCAUAAAUCACGCUUUACGAUUGGUUGAUGCCCACAGUGUGGACAUUUUCAGUGUUCGUGCGGCCCUAGAAGUAGCAGCUUUGAUCCACAUGAUGCUUGGAAUGUUUAUGGGUCUUUCUAAUUUCAUUGGUUUGAUCCUUUACGUCAAUUUCAUUAGGGUGAAGUAA